UGACUUUUCACUAUCUAUUAGAUAUGAAUUGUGAAGGAAAAAAUAGUAUAUGACCAGUUUGUAUCAAUGAUGUUUGAGGGGAAACAUAUUCAUUUUUCUCCAGUGGAUAAUAAGCCCCUCUGUUCAUACAGUGUAAAGUUGUGUAAACAACGUCGAUUAAAUGGAUAUGCAUUUUGCAUUCGACAUAUUUUGGAAGAUAAAUCUGCUCCCUUUAAACAGUGUGCUCAUGUUGCUCGUUACAAUAAUCAAAAAUGCACAAAUCCAAUUCCAUCUAAUGAAGAUAGAGAGUUCUGCAAUAGUCACAUGCAAGUUGCUGGAAUGCUUCCAAAAAAGGAGCGUAAAAACAAAAAAGAGAAAGAAAGAGAUUUAUUUAUACCUUCAGAUGGGAGGUUAAAAUUUGCUGAUAAGUUAAGAGCUCUUUUAAAGAAAGAAAAUAGCAUUACAAAUACUGAAGAAACUUUCAAUGAUGAUCCGUAUGCAUUUCCUGAUCCUGUUACUGAAAAUGGUAAUAAUAAUGGUGGAACAGGAUUAUCAGUGGCUCGAACACCUUGGAAUUGUACACAAAAGAUUUUGGAUAGUGCAAAUUCAGAAAAUAUAAUAAAAAAUGAAGUAACUCAGUCUAAGAACAAUGUUUCAGCUGAAUGCAGAUCGAAAUCUCAUACACCUAAAUUAUCAAAAACAAUGAAUAGAUUACAGGCUAAAAUUGCAGAAAAUAAACUGCUUGAUAAAUUGAAAAAAUCUCAGGAGUCUAGUCAUCAGAACAAUACUGUAGCAACAGUGGGAGGUAAUUCAAUAAAUAUUAAGUCUGAACCUCUAUCACCAGCAGCAGCUUUCACUGUACAAAGUAGUAGUCCAAAAACAAACCCUGUUUGUGGAAGGAAUAAACUAUUAAAUAAAUUACUUGGUAAUAGUAAAAGUAACUGUUCUACAAAUACAAGUAAUUCAGAUCUUCACAGUGUAAUUCCAGUAGAUAAUGCAUCAGACACAUCAAAUAUAAGUUUUUUAUUGUCAUCAGCAAUGCACAAAACAUCAAACUUAAAAUCUCAGGUCACAUCAAACCAUCAAAUAUCUAAAUUUGUAACUUCAGAUAGGUGUUCAAAUAAUUCUAAUUCAAUAACUGGAAUGGUUAUGGUGAAACCACGAAAAAGCAAGGUCACAGAAAUUACUUCCAUUAAAGUUCCUCCAGUUCUUCAAAGAAUAGAAGAGUUUUGGCAAAGUGAAAAGAAAUGUUGUAAAGACUUAUAUCCUUUAGCUUUUGAAUCUUCUGAAAGUGAAGGAAGUGAUAGUGAAGAAGAAAAUCAUCGAUUACAUCAUAUACAAUGGAUUAGUAUAUGGGAUAGAACCACAAGUGGUCUACAUACAAAUAAUACAUUAACAUCAAGAGCAUUACAACAGUGUCACUUGAAAAAGGAAUUAGGUCGAGGUUAUGAACAGUUGAAUAGGAUACACAGUUUACAUCAACAGAAAGAAGUGCAUAAUAUAACACUGGUGCAUCAUCUUACUGAAGCAGCGAAAUGGUAUCCAAACAGGACAGCUCAUCUUCUUCUUAAGAAGUUGAAGCUUGUAUCAAGACCAAAGAAAAUAAUAAAAUCAGUUGGCUUAGAAAAAAGUGUCUGCUGUUAUCAACAUGAUGGUGUUCUUUGCAAUAAACGGUCACUGCCAUAUACAAGACAUUGUGACAAACAUAUUAUGUAUAAUGUUGAUCAGCUAUUAUUUGAACAUUGUACUGCUAAAUUCUCUGAUAAUACCCAGUGUUGUGUUCCAGUGUUUGACAUAUGUCAUGAAUUACCUUUAUGCCCAGAACAUGCUAAAAAAAGAGAUAAUUAUAAUAAAAUGGCAUCAGAACCAAAGCCAAAGAAGCCAAGAAAAAAAUCAAAGCCUUCAGCUCUUACAAGACCACCUAAACGUGGUAAGAAAAAGAAAAGACAAAACCAACUCCGUCCGACUCCAACUUCAUCUCCUCCUGCUGAUCAGCUUUCAAAUAGUUCACAAACAGAAAUGUCCAAAAGUUUAGAACAUGAUAAUGAAAUUAGUGAAACAGAAAACAAUGUAUCAAGUGUGGCUUUAACAAAAGAUUUAGGAGGAAACAUAGAUACAGAAUUAGCUACUGAUUUAGAAGAACAGUUUUCUCCAGGUACCAUAGAUAAAUCAUUAGAACUACCUUUAGACACAGUCGAAUUAGCUAAUCAAGCAACUAAACUUUUAGAAGAACACGAUUUUACGGAAGUUUUAAAUAAAAUUCCAGAUGAUGCCUUUAGCGAUUUAUUUUCAGAAGCGAGGAACGGCGAGUACAUUCCCAGUAAGGAAGAGACGGAAGAAUUAGAGAGGGCGCUGGCAGCCGUGUCGAAAGACGUGCAUUUGGCUAAAGAAUCUCUGGCCAAAUUAUCGGCCACGGGACAAGACAUCGACGAAUUGGCCGGUACUAUCGAUAUUCACGGUGGUCUCCUGAGUGCAGAUAACUUAGCCGGCGCCAUUGAUGAAAACGCAUUCCACGAGCUAGCGCAAGGACCCAUAGAAGGACUGGGUGUCAUCUCCAACAGCCUUUCUACCAGUGACUUGAAUUCGCUCUCUCAGGCCCUUUCUAGUAUCACGUCGGAUAACCUCGCACAAAGUACUCUGACCACUUCGGUCACCGAAGGACAUUUGCAUAAUCCAUUGGCUUCCGUUCCAGUUCUUACGUCGGAAGUGGCUCACACUCAAGUAUUGAACGGAUUGGCAGGCAUUCACGCCAUAUCUCCCGAAUCUGGAUUUGGAAUGAGCACACAGUAUAUGGAAGGAAGCGCAUCUACUCAGAACUCCGUGGAGAACAGAUAUCUGCCAGGCACGCCUUCCCUUCUGUCGUCGAUUCUAUAUGGCCUGGGACAGAACAAUUCGUCUUCGCAGACGUCAUACCCGACGUCCCAACUGCCCGCUCCCAGUAAUGGGGGUGGAGGCGGUGGCGGCAGGGAAGAAGAAAACUCGGCCGCCUCUACCGGAGGACCUUCUGUGGCCAAUUCUUCGGGCCACUGGCUGCUCAAUUCUUCGGAACAGGUGCUGGCCCUGUCGCAAAUGAAUUAUCAGAAUGGAUUUCUAGUUACUUCUCAGGCGGGGGCCACCUAUUCCGCCACUCAACAGUUACUGACUUCGGUGGGCAAGUAUCCCCUUCAGGCUCUCAGCGCCGAAGUUUCGCUAGUCUCCGGUAGCACGCCGUCGGCGACGUCCACUCGCGGCGACGGCGCAACGUGUGGUGCUAGUGACGAACUGCUACAUAAUCUACACGCGUCCAACAGUGCGACGGGAACGUUGCAGCAGACGAACGGCGCGACGGUGAUAGCGCAGGAAGGCGCUUCCUAGCACACCGUCGCCUGGCCGACGGGAGAGACGUCGGAUGGAACUUUAGACGAUGCUUUUUUUAGUGAGAAUUUAAAGCGUAAGAUUUAGAAAUUUUUUCGGGACGUAAUUGUAGAAAAGUCGUAAUCGUGAAGACGUCGGGCGUCCUCCGUCUUGGCACGUCUCGACCGGCGCGUUGGCGCCGACGGCAUUCCGCUCAAUUCCGAGUCGCGUGCGUCUUCGUUCCGUGUUUCGAGUCGUUGUUUUUUAUCGACGGAGGACGCUCGCCAUAUUUGUAUAGCUCCGUUCUCGAGAAUGGCUUUUUUCCUGUACAGAUAUUUAAAUGUUACAUUUUUCUUUGUACAUUCAGUUGUUGUUAGUUUAAACGGAGGACCACGCUCGACGACGAUCUGUAAGUAAUUUUUGUUAUUUUUACCGAAAAAUCAUUUCGAUAUUAACUAAAAUUUUUCGUAACACUUUUAUCGUUGUCGCUUCGACGCGAAGAGAAACGAGGAUCGGUACGCCGCGCGUUGCCCCGGCUGUCAACGGAAGAACCGACGGAGCAGAGCGUGCGAGAUUGGGUCAACGCAUUUUACGGACGGGUUUUUAUCUGUGAAUCCUUUUAAAAACGACGUCUCUGGUCGUUAUAUUUCUGAAAACAUGCCGCCUUUCCAGAACUGCCUCGAUCGCAGAUUAAAUGUAGUCUCUACUGUAUGUUCCAAAACUUUUAUAGAAAAAGCCAUGUUCAGUGAACUGAUUAAAUUAUCUUUUCCCGUUGACGAUAGAAGCGAGUGACAGGUCCCACUCGCUCGUGACUAGUUCAUCCGAUUGACCUGGUAGCAUGACUGCGACCGGCUGGGACAUCGACAGUGUACCGACCUCGCAAUUGCGUCGUCUUCCCCUUCGGCUUUUUUUAAUUCGCCGACGACGCGUCGUCUUCGAUUGGGACAUCUUCCGAGAGUCGGAUCAUGUUCGGAACGACGAGUCGAGAAGAGCGCGGCACCGGCUACCUUUCGUCCGGGGAACCGUUGGAGGUGCGAACUGGAGGAUAUUUCCGAUGGAAAGCAUCCGACGGUGCCUCGGAAUUGGCAAGCCGAUGGUCAGACCUGAACGUUCGUCGGUUUAUCUUUACUCGAGUGUAAAUUCCUACUGUCCGAGAAAGUUGCGUGUACGCGGCGUGAUUUAGACGUAUACUGUAAAUUCGUGUCACUGGAUACUCAUCAAUAAAUCUAUUUUCGUAUUACA